ACGGAACGCGGAGCGCGUCGCAUCGCCAAAACCCCUGGUACCGCACCGCCUCGCACCAACACCAGCUUCACCACGUCGUCUACGCCACACAGCCCUCACCCAGCAUGUACAUGUCGGGAAAAAUGUCAGGGAAACUGCUGCUGCGCCUUGAUUGCUCCAGCCGUGUGCAUUCACGACAUGCGAGAACAAGAAUCAUCAGCAUCCGUCUGGUAGACGUGACGGCCGCGCAUCCUCAGUGGGACCUCGCCCGGAGCCUCACCAUACAGGGUUCUGCCGAGCCACAAGGGUGAAGCACUAUGCGCCUCCAACAUGUCGCAACCCCAACCCCAUGUAUCGGAUGGACUGCUAACCGCCGCGCCCACAGAGUCCAAAUCCUUUAUGCCUUAAGACUGCCCUCAAGUCCUCUCCUCAGGCCUGUCUUGUCCCAUUCUUGCAUCUCACGUUUCCUCUUGCUUUGUAUUCAGGUUUCCUUGCAUAUCCU